AUGACAAACAUUUAACAUCAUUUUAAACUAAUUGUCACAUAAACAAUUUUCUUAGCUGAUUUGAUUGAAACGACAAUAAGCUUAAGCGUUUUAUUUGUUCUUGUAAUGUAUUGGAUUAAUUGUAAAAUAUUUUAUUCAUUAUUAGCUCAUAUAUCAAGUAAUAAUGAAACUAUUAUUGAAAUAAUGAAAGCCAAUAUCACAAUAACAGGAAUUGAUUUAUAAUAAAUGAUUUCCUAAAUUGGAUUUUUAUUCAACAUUACUAAGUUGGCUCUUAAUUAAUAAGAAAUUCCCCAACAAAAUUCAACUUUAUAAACUAUUAUAGGCACUUUUACAGUUACAGAAAGAUCAUAAAUAGCCUAGAUUGAAGAAAUAUCUUAAAUAUAUGUUCCAGAUCUCCCUUAUUAUGUGAUAUAACUAGCCUCAAAUAGUUUAUGUGCAUCAAACAACACUUUAAAUAUGUUUAAUUUUAAAUCAACUCUAAGUUGCACAAAUUAUCCAAAAUUCUGUUAAUUAAUGGAAAAAUCAUACUAUGAUAAAGGUAGUUUUGAUAUUUUUUUAUAUAUGAAAAAUCUCAGGAAAGAAUAAGUUGUAUUUUAUACAUUGUUUCCAUUUAAUAUUUAACUGACUUAAAUUUGUGGACUAUUAGCAAGUGAGUCAUUAUUCUAAUGUUUUAUUUUGGAUUUAGCAAACUAUAAAUAACCUGAAGGAAUUUUAUACACAACUUUAUUUACAAUAAAUAAUUCAAUAGUUUCUGAUAUAAGUGAUGACUGUCUAACAUCAGAAUUAAAAUGCAGUCCAGAUAUUGAAUUAAAAAAGCUUGAUUUUGAUUAUUAAAAUUCAUAAGACAUUGCUGAAUUUUUAGAAAAUAUAGAUAAAGCUGAUUGGAGUAAUUAAAUUCAUCCUGCUACACGCUAUUAUGAAUAAACUAAUCCAAUUAGUAGUUUAUCUAUGGUUGAUAUUAAAGUCUAUUUUUAUUAAUCAAUAAAAGUAGGAACAUCAAACAUAGUAAUUUUUUAUCUAUAUUUCAUUAGAAUAAUGAAUUUUAUUAAGAGUACAAAGAAGACUUAAUUAAUUAAACAAAAGAAGAAUAAGAUAAAUUAAUUGCUCUCUAAUAAAAUUAUAAUAGAUGGUAAUUACUAGCAGCCUUUAAUAAUGAACUUUAUACAAAUUUAGUAGAAGCAAAAUAAGAAGAUUAUUUUUAUUUUUUUCUUUUUUUCUAAUUUUUCAUUCUAUUUCUUUUGUUUACUCCUAUUUUAGUCAAUCUUAUUACUCAAAAUGAAUUCGAUUAAAUUAGUAUUACAUUAAAUUAAGUUUCAACUAUGAUGUAAAUGUUUUUUGAAUUAGAUUAUGAUACUUUGCAUAAGGAAGUUAACGCAUUUAAAGAAUCUUAAAAUAGUAGUUUAACUGAAUUAAAUGAAUUAUUAUAAAUUUUUGAUGAAUUUUGUUGGUUAAUUGACUUUUUAAAUCAAUUAAAUAAAAAGGUUCAUGAUUUAAAAAAAUUAGAAUAAGGUUUAGCUAUUUUUCAGAAAAGAAACUCAAUUGAAUGUUUAGAAUUAAUCUUAAUGAAAUUAGUUUCAGAGCAUAGUCGACAAAAAGAUUAUGAAACUGCUAUCAGAUAUAAUGAUUAACUUAUAUCUAUACUUGAAAAAUAAAAGAAAGAUAUAUAAUUAAUUAAAUCAGAAGAGAUUAUGAGGAUAAAUUAUAAAUUGUUUCAAUCUUUAAAUCAAUUAUUAGAUUUAUUAUCUAAAUUAUUAAUUAGAAAUAAAAGUAGAGAUAGAAAUGCAUUUAAUUAAGCUAAAAAAUUAUUUUCAAACAUAAUGGAUUUUGCAGACACACUAGAAAUUAAGUUCACUUUAUAAAUUAAGCUUUUCUUUAAAAAAUGCAAACUUCUUUUUAAUCUUAGAAAAAUAAAAGAGGCUGAACAAUGCAUUGAUUAAGCUUAGUUAAUUUUAUAAUAAAACUAUACCUAAAGUAAAAAUGCAUCAUAUUAAAAUAAAACAUUUAAUUAAGACAAAAAAUUGAUGUAGGUUGUUUAAUAGAAAAUUUAUUUUUAUAGAGGAUUAAUUUAUAUGUCUAGUGGUUAAUUAUAGCCUGCAAUAUAAUAAUUAAUGCUAGCUCUAGAUUAUGGUAAUGUUUAUUAGGCAAAAUUAAGAGUAAAAACUAUUAAGAUGCUAUCAACAUUACUUGCAAAAUAAGAAAAAUUUAAAUCUGAUAGUUAAAUUUUAAAAUAACUUCAAUACUUUUUUUAAAAUUAAAAAAGAUAGUUUAUUUUUUUAAUUGAUUCAACAUAAAGAAUGUCAGAAAACCAACUUGAGAUUGUUGAAACAAUUAAAUAGGUAUAAUUUUAUUAAUAAUAAGAUAUUUUAAACAAUGAAUGAUGAUGAUUUGAUAUAAGUAUCAACUUUUGAUGAAUAUACACAUGUAUUAAUUGAAUCUUAAUCAAAAAUUAGUCUUCUGGAAAAUAUGGGUAAAAAUUAUAUGGAGGAUGGAUUUUUUGAUUAUUUAAGCGGGAGAUAGACAUAAAAUUAACGUAAGUUGUAUUAGGGAAUUUUGGAAUGUUUAAAUUAAAAUCUUCCAAUAAAAUAUACUAAUUACUUAAUUGUAAUGACUUUUGGAGAAAAUUAUGCUGAGUAGAAUGAGAAAUUAAUAGAAUUAUUAGAAAAAUUGAGAGAUGGAUUUUGGCAUUUCAUAUUAUGUAGUACAUAAGAGAAAAAAUUUAUGAAUUAAAGAAAUACAUUUUAUAGAUUAACAGAUGAAGCUAGAGAUGGAACAUAUAUUGACUUAUUUGCAAAUUUUGAAGAAGGUUUAAGUAAGAUUAUUUCAUUGUGUAAUUGA